AUGGCGGCCAAGGUGGCAAAGCUGGCAGCUGUUUCUUCUGGUCUGCCAUUUGCAUCUAUUACUGUAUAUGCAGCAACAGAAAAGGAAUCAAAAGGUCAACUGGUGAAGCCAAGUCAGCUUCCAAUUUACUGUCCACCACCUCUGAAAUCGAAAUACAUUGAAGAACAGCCUGGUCACUUGCAAAAGCAAUUUUCUUCAGUAAGACAGACAACUGGCCGCUAUAUUGGAUGGUGCAAGGAUGCUUUUGUCUUUGUUAAAAAUGGAAUAAUGGAUUCAAUUCAAUUUGGAAAAGAUGCUUAUGUUUACCUGAAGAAUCCACCACCAGAAUUUCUUCCCAAAGUUGGUGUAAUUACAAUAUCAGGCUUAGCUGGCAUAGUGCUGGCAAGAAAAGAUUCUAGAUUUAAGAAAAUUGCUUAUCCAUUGGGACUUACUACUUUAGGAAUUUCCGUUUGUUACCCAGCUCAGUCAGUGGUAAUUGCUAAGGUAACAGGGAAAAAGUUAUUUUCUGCAAGCCAUCAAACCUAUGAAGCUGUGCGAUCGCUAUGGACAAAAAAGGAAGAUGUAACCAAGCUGCAGCAGGAGUCAAAAUCAGUUACGCAAGAAGAUAAGAAAAAGAAAGAAAUUUCUAGUACAAAACCUGAGUCUGCUUUUGAGUCAAGAUCAUUUAACAGAACAGAAUCUUCUCCAGUAGAGUCUUGGAGUAAUAAAGAUCCAGUGCCUUCAUCAGGAACAGUGAAGACACCAAAAUUUAAGCCUGAUCCAAAACUUAUGGACCAUGGUCAGUCCAGCCCAGAAGAUGUGGAUAUGUACAGUACUAGAAGCUAAGAUAAAUCUGCUUACAAAUCUUUGCAAAGUAUUACAGAUAAGGGGGAGGGAAGAAGGGAAGGAAUAAUCCUUACAAUACAUACUCUGUGAGGUAUAAUUUAAUCAGGUAUUUUCUUAUAUCCCAAUUUGUAUUAUUGACUUACAUGAUUCUGUUUAGUGAAUAUUUUGUUUCUCACUACUUAUAAGCCGUGAGAAUUCACUCAUUGUCAGUGUCAUUAGUGAGACAGAGAAAAUAAGAUUUGUCAGUGUCUUCUCACAAUGAGGUUUCUCUGUGCCAAGCUGGUUAAUAAAUGUCACUUCACAAAGGAUAUUUGAAAAUGUAAACAUAUCUCUGUACUUCAGCUCAGAUGUUCAUUGAUCUAAAAGAAGAAUGUGAUGGAUGGGGUUUGCAGAGGCUUCUUUGUCUUCUUUCAGUUCUGGACUGAAGUGCAACUUCUUAUUGGUCUGAGUACCCUUUAAAAGUCAGUUGUUAUAUGAUACGAAUAGCAUUAUCUUUAAUGCUUGUAUAAAAUCACUUUUUUUUCAUUGCAAAGUUUGCCUCUUUCACAAAGGUGAAUGGAAACAACUUCUUGUCCUGCGUGCUUCUUCACGUGCUAUUUCAAUGUCACUUAAGUUGGGAAAAACCACACAACUAAUCUCUAAAAUAUCCUUUAUAGACUAUGCAUUAGUUUUCACCUACUUCUAAUACUUUGAAGAACUGUAUGCAAAUUGCUUAAUCCAUGAAACUGAUACUGUUUGAAUUUAUAUAGAAUGCAUUAGCAGUGUUUAGGAAGUUGGAAACCUGUAGUUUCGAGGUUUAAAGUGCUGACAGGUAAUAGGCAGAAUAGGCAGCCAGCUUUUUCUUCCCAGAAGUUUGUGUGCAGUACCCAUUGAUCUUGAUAGGAUUUCUGUGAAACUGUCUUUUUCCAUAAGAAUGAAAUUAGAAAUUGAUUAAGUUUUCUAGGAUGAAACUUUCAAACACUGCUUUUAUCAUUGUGUAUGUCGCUCUACUUCUGUUCAUCCUCCAUUUCUCUUCAAAACACUCUUGUAAGGGUUGGAAUAGAUCUGGUGGUCUUCCUUGAACAAAGUGAAACUCAUUAUCAGUACACAAUGAUAAUCGGCCUGCUGCCUAGAGGUAACCUCAUCUGUAUCUGCUGUGGCACUUCCCUAAUAUACAAACUGCAAAAGGAUACUGUGCUGGUAGUUUGUCCUUCCAUCUGUCGAAUUCUGUUAUCUUUCAAUCAAUGAAAAUAUGUGCUUUGUUGUAAAGUUGAGGGGGGGAAGCAAGAACAAACUAUGCAAACAGAUAGUUUGGUUGGAAGACUUAAACCUGAAAAAAAAUGCUGCUUCAUAUGAAUAUAUUCUCAGCACUGGGAUAUGAAGGGAUAUUUGCUCCUGUUCUCCAUAAGAAGAGAUUCACAACCUGAUUCCUUCUUCUAAGGCUGCUAAUGCAAAGGCAAAUGACUAGUGAAAUACAGGCAAACAGUAUUCCUGGUGUCACUGUGGGACUAGCAGAAGUUGUGAGGAGAUACUGCACAAUGGAGUGUGUGCAAGGCACAAAUGAUGAAUGAGCAAAAGAAUAAGGCUUUUAUGAUGGUUCAGAAACAGUUAAGUAUUGAUAUUUUGGAAUCCAAAUUUCUGGCAGAGUGUUGGACUUUGUUAUACAGAGUCCAGCGGAAGGUGAAGUCAGUAAAUGUGAAGUUUAAAGAAGAAGAAUUCUAUUAGUUAAACUUGCUUGGGACAGCUGACUUAGAAUUUAAUGUGUUUUGUUUCUUUAAUCAUCUCUUAAAGCCCAGGAAACUGUCAGAAUUCAGGCAGCAAUCAGAGGAUAUUAAAUCAAUCUUCACAGAGCUCCUGGACAAAGACACAUUUAGUGUUCCAUCACAGAGAGAGGAGUAGACAAAUUAGAUGGCUGGGCUUCAUAUACCAUUUCCAGGGAAACAGAUGAAGACAUAAGGCAGGAAGUGAAAAUGGUGAAGAAAUGAUCAUUUUCAAGUGCAAGACUGGAUGGCAGAAAUUGUAUUAUCUAUCUCCCUUUGAUCAGAUUCUGGAUAAAAAACAUAAAGGAAAAACCAUCUGCUCUACUCCUAGAUUCUAUUUAAAUUCUAACUUAUGUCCUUUGAGUGAUACGCUACCGCAACAAAUCAACAAGAAAGGUAAGAUGAUGCAGGUUUGCAUGGAUUUUGUAGGGGUUUACUGUGGUGACGUUUUUCAGUACAUAGUGGAAAACUAUGCACAGGAAUUAGUCUUCUGGGAGCAGGGAGAGAAGCUGCCUUGGAUAGCUGUUAAGGAAUAAGCAUGUCUGCCCUUUCCGGGCAAGAGUGGGCCUUGAAAGGUUGCCCUCCACCUGCAGUGCGAGAAGCUGGGCUGGUCCUUUCCAUACUUCAGGGGCAUUACCGCUCAGAUCUCAUGAUCCAAAUGAAAGUGUCUGGUCUGCAAAAGGUAUGUUGGACUCCUUGGUGGUUAGGCGGUCAAGAAUUAGAUGUUUCAUGCAAGCAGUUUGUAUUACAACCCCUGACUUUACAAGAAGUUCAUGCUGUAAAUGAAUGUGAUACACAAAGCUGUACUUAGGUUGUAUUUCAGUCUCAAAUUACUCCUUAGGGCAAAAUUGUAAUUAAGCUAUACCUCAGAGUUAAAUCAUCAUUCAGAAGUCUUAGAUACAUUUUCUGGGACAUAACUUAAAAUUUUUGCUCCUACCCACUUGGAUAGAUGAACAGGAUGCAGGAUGAGGAAUACAGUUCUAGAGCUCAUAAAAUGGUAUCCCUGUGCUGUGUCAUUUCUUCUUGGUGGACGAGAGGAGUGAGCCAGCACAGGUUUAUUCCAGUACAGCGUUUGCCUACUACUGUCACUUUUUAGUUUAGUUUUUCCGUCCGUUGAGAUUUCUCUUUCUCAUUCUUCUCUACGAGACAGGGUAAAUUUUUUUUGUUUGUUUUCUAUCAACAGUUUUUGUUUAACAUCCUCACACAGUUGAAAAGCUGGGACUAAAAUUAGAGGCUUGGGUUUUGGCACUGAAACAGAUGUAGCUAAAGAUGACAGUUUCCCUAUCUGCAGCCAAAGAAAAUGGGACAAAAAAAGUAUGAAAAGUUUUGUAUCCUGUCUGGGUGUGUUCUCGGCUUUCAGAAAGACGAUAAUCAAUCUCUCAGUUGGUAUUUCUCUGUCCUGGAGCAUAGAUUUAUUGGUAGUGGGAAGGAAUUUUUUAGCAAAACCUGGAAUAUGAUAUAAUAGUUCUUUGCUAACAUAAACUUCUGUUAGAGUUGGUCAUCGUCUUGUCCACCCAUGUGAGACACAUGAUGAGAGAAAUUUCUAGAGGUAUUAAAAAAGAUGCAGGUUAUUAUAGAGAAGUUUGGAAUGUAUUUUCUGAAAUGAAGGCAGCCCAAAUCAGAUUACUAAUCUGCUCUUGUACAAAUGUUGAAAUGGUGACUGUGAAUCUUUAUUACUCAGCUGCCAUUUUGUGAAGUGUUUCUUUGUCAGAUCUAAAAAGGUGCCUGCCCUCUUCAGUUCAGACAUCUGAACCUCCAUGUUUUGUAUCAUACUCUACAGAUGGCUUGUUCCAGAUAACUACAAGGAACUGUAGCCACAUCUCUGUAUUAAUGAUUUAUAGUAAAGGUGCUAUGCAAUGGCUUUCAAAAAGCAAAUCCAAAUCUACAUUAUGCCAUGCUUGUGAGUCCUCAUUUUAAAUAUAUGUGCCUGACUUGAUCUCUUUAAGAUUUCAGACCCAGUACUCAAACCAGUUAAACAAUGAAAAAUUAACAUAAGUACGCAGGAAAAGUUGCAUUGCAAGAUAUAGUUUUAUUAAUUUAUAGUGAAACACUUUGAAAUGCCUCUCAAAUGUAUCAUUAACAGUCACUUAAAGUUUCUUUCAUAAUGCAAUAAUACAGUAACAAUAAAAGUAAGAAUGUAUACUGUAAUUUUUAUAUGAUGUAAGUUAUAUUUGUGAAAAAUCCAAUGUCUUAAAGAACUGGGUCACAUGAUAUUUUAUAAUAUAGAAAUAGUUCUAAUUUAAUGCAUGUUUUUUAUUUAUGAUUGUAUUCAAUAUAUAGAGAUUUGGGACUUGUUGAUAUUAAUUUUUUAUUUACAUAAAACUGAUUGUGAUACUUUAUUUUGUCAUAUUGUUGUGAAGCACCUGAAAAUAAAGGGUGAUAAGAUACU